AUGGACCCCAAGGCACGUAUGGGACUACGGACCCCGCUUUAUGGUCAUCGUAAAACUAUCAGGCCCGGAGAAGAAAUGCCGAACAUGGAUGCCACAUUUGCAUUUUUGAUACGCGAGGAAGGGGCUCCUGGCUUAU